AUGCGGCCUGCAGUCAAACGAGAGCGCGCGCUCACGGCGUCCCUUCCACCACGUGCAUCGACUCGUCAAGUCACUGCCGUAGCCAGUCGAGACCUCCAGAUCACUGGCGUGACGCGUCGGGAUACGAGUUGGCAGUACCACAUUGAAGUGCUUGACGUGCGCGCGUGCAGCAGCUUUCGGAGCGGCAGUGCAACGGCUUCUGCGCACGCUUUGAAACCAGAGCGUUGCAGCGAUGUCGAUCCAGACGCUGGUACGGACCGAGAGUCGGGUCAAGGGUACGCAGAGCUGCCGCCGGUGGUGCGCUACACUGUCAUGCGACGGUACACGGACUUUCGUCGGCUGUACAAUUACUUGGUCGAGACGCGUGGCUCGGCCGUGCGCGACGUGCUGCCCAAGUUGCCCGAUGGAGGAUGGAUCUCCUAUCUCCGCGGAGACGACCCGAGACUGCUGCACUAUCGACGCAAGCGACUGGAGCGCUUUUUGCGAGCCGUCGACGCAUGUCCAGAGCUCCAGUGGAGCGCAGCCUUCCGCAAGUUCCUUUGUCCAGACCUCGACGACCUCUCCCCAAGUGCCACGAAUUCGCCAUUACCAGUGCUGGUUGCAAGCACGUUGUCGACAAGUGCGACGUCGAGUGGCUACAGCACCAAUGAUAUGGACGCACGGCCUCCGCCUCUCUCGGCCCCAUCGUCGCUUCCACCCCGCCAUGGACUUGUUCAACACUCUGACGCCAGUACCGCACCGCCCGUGAGCGGAUCGGGCGGCUAUGUGUCAUUGUCGCAGCUCCGGUCUCCAGAGAUUCGCUUUCGGAAGAAAGUCAUUCCGGGAGGCGUUUAUCCACGCGGAGACUUUAAGCGUCGACGAUUACACCUCUAUAGUCACGACGCAGACGACAUGGACGCCGACGUGCGCAAACUUUCGGCCAAGAAACAACUUGCCAUGGCGCUUAGUGGAGCGCUUGGCUUCAAACGCUUCGUCGUAGGGGUCGGCAGUGGUGUUCUUGGGACUUUUGGCCGCAUGGGCAGCGAUCGCUCGGACUCGGUCGAUACCGCAGAGUAUCAAGAUGAUAGUGACACAGACGAAGAAAGGGAAUCGAGUGGAAGCGUGCGUGACCGGGGCAUGAACUGGAUCAAGAUGCUAUCUAGCGGGGGCAAUUAA